GAAAAGAAAAUUAGUGUACCAAAUUUUUUUUUUUGUUGCUUGUAAUUGAGAGAAAUUAGCCUUAAGCCGCGCACUCAACAAAGUUAGUUGGAUUUUUCUUACACAAAUCUCUAAUCGGAUUGUCCAAUUUUUAUUCAGCCCGCCUACCAAGCACGCCAUGCUCCAGCGACGUUUUCGUUUGCUGUUUGUGUCACUGAAUAUGAUACUGAUGGGAGGCUUAGCCCUUGCCUAUGCGUACAGUUGGCAAAAUGCUUUUAAGCUGUACUUCUCAUCGAAGGUGGCAGAUGUUGCACUGUUGCCACAGUCGGUAGAGACAUCUGCAGAUCUGCUGGCCAGCAUCCGCCUAGACGAUGUGCUACUGGCGGAGCCCAGGCCAACACCCGGACGGAGCAUAUUCUUUCACGAAACCAGCUGCUAUGAUGCCAGAAAUGAAGAGAAUUAUAUCCUGAAGCUAAAUGCCCGUCAAGCUUGCGCAAUCGAAUCGGCUGCACUCCACAAUCCGAAUUUUCAGGUGUUUGUUUUGUUUGCCGACCCCGAUGGUCCCGUCGGACAGUAUAACGGCAUCCAGCAGCCACUUGUCGAUGCCCUUUUAAACUAUAGCAAUGUCCAUUUGCGGCGUCUAAAUGUCUGGAGAUACGCAGCCGGCACACCCAUCGAAGAAUGGCUCAACGCCGGUAAACUAUUUGGCUCGCGCAUUUUGAUAUUUUGCAGGUUUAUGGUCGUUCAUAUUGCCGAUUUCCUGCGGUAUUUGACCCUGUUUCGCUAUGGCGGCCUCUAUCUGGACUUGGAUGUGGUUGUGCUGCAAAAUAUGGAGGACAUGCCACCCAAUUACGCAGGGGCCGAGUCCAAUCUAUGGCUGGCCAAUGGCGUCAUGAGAUUUUCACACAAUGGCAGUGGUCAUGAUAUGGUCAGGGCAUGUCUGCGCGACUUUGAGCUACAUUUCAAUGGCUAUGAAUGGGGUACCAAUGGUCCCGGUGUGAUAACACGCGUGGCCAAACAGAUCUGCGGCACUAACCACACCGCAUUGAUGCAGGAUGAUCGCGAACGCUGCAAAGGCUUCAAGGUGUAUGGAAAAGGCGCCUUCUACGCUGUGGCUGCUGAAAACUGGCGUGACUUCUUCGAGCCGGACAAACUGGAGCAGACAAUGGCUCUCACAAAAUACUCGUAUCUGGUGCAUCUGUGGAACAGAAACUCAAAGGUGGUACCGAUCAAGGUUGGUUCCAAAUGCGCCUAUGCCAAAUAUGCCGAAAAACAUUGCCCGCUUGUCUAUCAUGCGACGGGAGAAUACUUCUAGAUAAAUUAUCUUCAGGGCUAUAUUUAUUUAAACAUGACGCGGG